GGCCAGAUGGUACCUCCCUCCUCCUGCCCAGCCUUCAUUGCUGAGCAUUACACUCUCUCUCCCUUCUUGGGGGUUUGGAGAAGAGCAAGAGGCAGAGAGCUCCCCAAAGGCUGGCAGAAAGGACCCUCUGAGGCCUCCUCCUCCUUCCCUCCUGGUCCCCCUUGUUCCAGGGUGGCAUGACCCUUUUUGGCAGCAGUGAAGGGUACUGGAGAUAUCUGGACAUGGCACGGGAACCAAAACUGAGCCAUACAAGACCUGGUCAGAAGAGGCAACAUAGUGGAAGCCUAUAUCCCUGUGACCUGGACUAUGAGAUCUAUAAAGAUGAUUUGCCAUACAGGGUUUAUGAAUACCAAAAGAUCCCUCCCCUCAUCAGUCACAUUCCUGUCAAAACCAGACGAAGCCACCUAGGGUCUGGGGGUAAGACCAGCCUGGGCCCAGGAUUGCGAGGAAACAACUCCAUGGCAGGCCGUACAAAACUGAGAGCAGAAGAGUUACACUGUAUUAAAGGAGAAUUAAGCCAGAUCAAGGUCCAGGUGGAUAACUUGCUGGAGAGCCUGGAUCGGAUGGAUCAGCGACGAGACCACAAUGCAGGUUCCAAGGACAGCAAGAAGAAAACUCCAGCCAGUGGAGAGGCUUCAUGCCCAGCAGGGGACCCAGUGCAAAGGACAGAAAAUGAUGGGCAUGCUGCUCUACAGGAUGUUGACAGUGCAGAUGAGAGCACAGAUACUGAAGAGGCGGCAAGGAAUCACACACUGGAUGCCAAAGGCAGCAACUGAAUAGACCAGGAGUGCUCUGAUCUCUUGCCCAGCGUUUCUUUUCCUAUGUGUUGUAUUUCUUUCAAUGCCUCCAGCUGGAUCUGACACCAGUUACCUGCAAAUAGUGCUAGUGCAGAGGAGAAAAGAUGUCCUUCACAAUCUCAUUAGCACCUUUAUCUGGCCUGGCAGAGAGAGACUCCUGUGAUGUGCUGCUGAGGGAAGAAAAAGCUUGGUGUUCUUUGUCGGUGAAAAUUUUUAAAAACAUGUCAGUUUGGGAAGGGGAGGGAAAACAGGCAACAUGAGUUCACAAUUGAACCCGUUCGCCACUGAGCAGAAAUAAAGCUGUAUCAAUCUCUUACA